AUGACGUUUCUAGAAUCCAACUCUUGCGUACUUUAUGAUCUUUCCCCUAGCAUUUCUAUAAUAAUUUUUACCUCUUCUCAUUCUGCCGACGCUUGUAGAGGAGAAGACUCAUUCCUUCCUGAUCAUGCAUUUGAACUGACUUUUGCAGGAAAAAUAACAGUUACUAUAAUGGCAGAUGGAGUUUACCAAGAUGGAAGAAAUAUUGCUGUAAAAAGGGUUUUCUUUAACGACAAACAUCGAGCAGCAGAUUUCUACAAUGAAGAUGUAUACUUUCAAGUAAAGAAUAAUGAAGAUGUCUUGCAAGCUCUAACUACCAAGGAAACCAUUGUGAAAGUCAUUAUUGGACUAGAUAUAGUAGAAAUAAUUAGUGAGAUGGAGGAUAUUGAUUUUUGCAUAGAUGAGCUAGAUCAUGACGAUAACAAUUUUGAUGAUGAGGAGGACAAUCAUGAAAAUAGCGACGAUGGCAAAGAGGAGGAUAAUAAUAAUGAAAAGGACUGGGUUGCCAUUCAAGCGAUAAUGGCAUGCAGAGAGCCCCCUCUGCUAAGCGAUCUGGAUCUUCUUGAUGGUAUGAAGAGGCGGCUCUCAACUUGCUGUGCCAUUUACAAUCCCCAGGCUCAAAUAAAAGAGGAAGGCCAGCCGGAAACCCUUGAACAUCAUGUAUUCUUUGUCAACUAUUCUGGGAAGAAGAUGUCUAACCAUAAUGAUUCUGUAAUGUUUGGUGGGGUUUUGCAUUAUCUUUUGCUUCCAACUCCAAACAUAGUUUCCUCUAAGACAACACAGGCAGAUACUCUUUUGAGGUGGAAGAACUCCAUCUCAAAUCCUGGGGUACUUGAUUCGUGGAAACCUAACAAUGUUAGCAAUCUCUGUAGCUGGAUAGGGGUUGGAUGCGACGUUGAUGGGUCCAUUUCUUGGUUAAGCUUGGAUUUUACAAAACUUGGAGGUACGCUUGACCAACUCAAUUUUUCUUCACUUUCAACCCUCUCUAUUAUCGACCUCAGUGGGAAUAAUUUCCGUGGGUUGAUUCCAUAUCAAAUCGGUGAUCUUAAAAAUCUAACUUCUCUUGAUUUGUCAUUUAACUCAUUUAUUGGUGAAAUUCCAAAAUCUUUAUUCACCAAUUCGUGCAAACUUGAAUACCUUGAUCUUAGGUUUAAUCAUUUUCAGGGAGACUUUCAGUUGAUUCUUACCAAGCUGACAAAAUGUAACCUUACUGGGUUAUUAUUGAACAUCUUCUUUGGUUCAAUUCCUGAUAUUUUUGGUUUAAUACCAAAUUUGGAAAUUCUUGAACUGACUGCAUCUCAAGGAAAUAUCCCAUCUUCAAUAGGCAAGCUCAGGAAUCUUCAAACUCUUGAUCUCAAAAUGGGUAGCCUACUCGAUUAUGAAAUUCCUUUCGAGCUUGGCCUCUGCACAAACCUUUCCUACUUGUCUUUAAGUGGGAAUUCACUGACGGGAUCCUUGCCUUUAUCCUUGUCCAAUCUGACCAGUUUAUCUUUUUUGUCCGUCCAUGAUACUAAUCUUUCGGGUCAGAUCUUGCCUUCUUUUAUGACAAAUUGGACCCAUUUAAUUUGGUUGAGAAUUGAGAACAAUUAUUUCACUGGGGAAAUCCCAUCUGAAAUUGGUUUGUUGACAAAUCUCACAUAUCUUUAUCUAAGCGGUAAUAGAUUUUUCGGCUAUAUCCCUCACGGGAUAGGGAGCUUGCAAAACUUGAAGGCAAUAGACUUUUCAGACAACCUAUUUUUUGGUAAAAUACCUCCAACAUUCGAGAAUCUAACAAAUCUUCGCUACCUGAAUGUUUCCUUCAACUAUCUCAUAAGUAUGAUUUCAAUUGGAAAUUUGAAGUCAAUUGUUAUUUUGGAUCUUAGUAUGAAUCAAGUGAAUGGGCAGUUGCACAAAAUCUUCUCCAAGCUCGGAUCGAAAUUAGCUUAUUUGAAUUUGAAGCAGAAUCGCUUUCAUGGCUUCAUUCCUGAAAUAUUUCCAAAGAGAUGUCAACUGGUUAUAUUGAACUUAAAUGGAAAUCAGUUGAAUGGAACUUUACCAAAAACAUUGGUUAAUUGUAGAAAGCUUGAAGUGCUGGAUAUUGGGAGCAAUGAAAUAAGUGGCCCAUUCCCCUUUUGGACGGGAACUCUUCCGAAUCUUCGAGUUCUUGUGUUGAAAUCCAACAGAUUCCAUGCCAUAAUACCUAAUUCAAAGGUGAAGCAUCCAUUUUCGAAGCUGCAAAUUCUUGACCUAUCCCAUAAUGAGUUCACUGGCGUUCUCCCAGUUGAAUUUUUAAAUAAUUUCAAAGCCAUGAUGAAUGUGAGUGAAAAUGAAACUGCACGCAGUGUUCUCCUACAUGAAAUUAUAGAUGCACUCGGAAUAUGGAUGGAUAUGAGUGAAACUAUACUUGGAGAUCGUUCAACUGUUUUGCUGAAAGGUUUCGAGUAUGAGUUGCGGAGUAUUCGAAGAGCCUUUACAAGCAUCGAUCUAUCAAACAAUAAAUUUCAAGGAGAUAUUCCAAGUUCUCUUGGAAAGAUCACGGAUCUCCAUGCUCUGAAUUUAGCUUGUAAUAGUUUCACAGGUCACAUCCCACCAAUAGAAAAUUUGACUUCACUUGAAUCAUUGGACCUUCGUUCAAAUCAAUUGGUGGGUGAGAUUCCUUGGCAAUUGACAAAGUUGACAUUUCUAUCAUUCCUUAACAUUUCAUACAAUCAUUUUGUUGGUCCCAUACCUCAGCAAGGGCAGCUUCUUACAUUUGAUAACAGUUCAUAUAUUGGCAACCCAGAAUUAUGUGGAUUGCCAUUAACAAAGACGUGUGGAAAUGGUGAACCAAAAUUGCAGCUUCCAGUGCCGAUGACAGAGAAUGAUGAUGACUUUAAUAUCUUAGAUGGAUUCACUUGGCAAAUUGUUGCCAUGGGGUAUGGAGAGGUGGUGGAAAAAGAUGAAGCUAUGGAUGCUCUGAAGAGGGAGGCUAUGGAUUUGGUAAUCAACUCUUUUACUUCAUAG